AUGAUUGGUCAGCUAAUGUUUGCUAUAAUAAUGUCCAUUACAUUAUUGCUAACUAUUGCUGCAUUUCUUACUCCUGGUUGGAGGUCAUUUUCGGUGAUAAAAGAUAACGAACAAGAAGCUGAGAAAUAUUUGGUACCACAAACAAUGGGUCUUCUCUGGUGUACCUCACCGAUACCUGAAAAUAAUUUCAAAAUUGAUUACUGUCAUCUAUGGCACAAUAAAAAGCCAAAAUGUGAUGAAAAUGUAGCAAAAUUAAUGAUUGCAACAUUAAUCAUCGAAAUUAGCUCAUUAAUUUUGGUUGCAAUUACAUUUUGCGCCUGUUGUUGUCGUGAAUUUUGGAUUUUUCUUCUACCAUUGUUAGCAUUUGUUGCUACAGUGACAUUAGCUAUUGCUUUGUUUAUAUAUACUCGAAAUAAUAGCACUGCUUUUGAGAUAUUAAAUGAAAAUGAACAAAUUGCAUCAGAAGCAUAUCAUAUUAAUUUUUUCUAUAGCUAUUAUUUAGCUUGGAUUGCUUUAACUUUAAUGACUAUUUGCAUUUUGAUUGGUGCUUUUGCUAAAAAACUUGCCCAAAUUUGUUGCUAA